AUGGUGUCUACGACUGUAUUUAUUUCUCGUGCAUAUGAUGAUUUGAUCACAAUAAAGGAACCAUCGGAUUACGUACCAUAUGAAUCUUUCACUGGGACAUCAAUUACAACAGAUCGAGAAUCUCACACAGAUGAAAACAACAAAAAUGACGACAAAAACAGCUCAAAUGAGCUCAUCAUAUUGGUCAUGAACAACCUCUAUACGUGGCUGACCAUCACAAUGUCCAUUCUUAGUAUCAUUGGUAGUAUUCUCAUGUUUUACAUCUAUCUCACUUUUAAGAGUGUCCGUGGAAGCAAGAGCGUCAAGAUGUUACAGUUCCUCACAUUGGCUGAUAUGACAACAGCUAUCGGCAAUUUGAUUGGCUUAUUGUGGUAUCUAUGUCGGGGUCACGUGUCAAAUGAGGUCAGUGAUGUGUGGUGUAAAUUCCACAGUGCGUUAACUAUAGGAUCAAGUAUUUGCUCCUUUCUUUGGACUAUUGCCAUUGCUUUGCAUUUGUAUAUUGCUAUUGCAAGAGAGGACGUUCGACACGCGGACAAACUGACUCCGUUGUUUCAUGUCGUUUGCUGGAUUCUACCAGCUGUUGUCAUGGUCACUGCCCUAGGAAUGAAUGUCCUUGGAUAUGACCGCAACUUGAAGCAUGCUAGUUGGUGCUGGAUCGAACCAACCCUCAAAACUGCUCUCUUUUGGCAGUACAUGUCAGGAAAAGCUUGGGAAGUGUUAGCAUGCAUAGCGACGGCUCUGCUUUACAUAGCAACAAAGAUAUAUUUGAAAAGACAGAUGAAAAAUUCUGCCCAACUUUUCGCAGUCGAUUCUCAAGCAAACAAAUCUCGUCAGCAGAGGUUUCUUAUUGCCAACCGUAAGAUGACGUUUGUCCCAGUGACGUUUUUCUUACUGCGUAUAUGGGGGACGGUGAGGUUCCUUAUAGGGGCUCAUUGGAAUGAAGUUGCAAGUAAGACGUGGAUGGUGUGGAUUGUACCCCUACAGGGAAUCGGAGACAGUGCACAAGGUUUCGCAAACGCCAUCCUCUUCAUUAUUCUUACUGAGAGUAUCCGCUUGAAGAUGAAGGCAAUGAUAUGUUGUAUCAGGGAGCCCCACGUGAAUAUACCUAGUGUCGAUUCUAAUCAGAACAACAGGAGACGCCGGUGCUCUAAUCAGGAUAACCAAGGUGUAUUGCCUGUUAAGAUCAAGAACAAUGAUGCAAAGGACAAUCCCAACAACAGAAAUGUAGAUAUUGUUCAGUAUGGACUAAAUGAAUCGAAUGAUAAAAUAUCAAACGCGCCUCGCGAUGAUAUCUCUGGUGGAAUAAAGAACAAGGGGUUUGUUUCUGAAGAGAAAGUUGACGUCUCGUUUGGACACAUGUAAAUAUCAUCACUUUAGCUUAGACUAACAGAUGAAAUUAAUCAAAGUAUCACUAUAUGGCUUAUUAUAUCUUCAUCAAGUGUGAAUAGUUUAAAACAAAACUACGAAUGAAUGUUAGCAGUGGUGCUAGCAGAGAAUUAUUGUACAACACAUUUUGAAAGAGACCCUGCAAUGUCCUGUAUCAUAG